AUGUCAAUAAUUCCUAUAUCCACGGCUUCGGACCAGGACCAGGGCCAGGACCAGGACCAGGACCUUAAACCCACUUCGACUGAAUUGAUGGCCACUGUGAAUCUGCCCCACCAAGUUGAUCCGGAUGGAGAUAUCAUUCUCUUCACCCCUGAGGCUUCCUUGAUUGACAUCAGCAAAGGCAAUGUGCCAGGAAACUAUGCUCGCUUUCAAGUCUCGUCAAAGCACCUCACACUUGCGUCGGAUUAUUUCAAGCGAAUGCUGAAAAGUUGUUGGGCCGAAGGAGAUGCUCUUUCAAAAAAGGGGUCUGUUCAGAUUCCCGUCAACGACUGCAAACCAGAUAUCCUUCUGAUCAUUUUGAACAUCAUUCAUGGACGUACACGACGAGUUCCUCAGAAGUUGUCCCUACCGCAACUGACUGAUAUCGCCGUGGCCACCGACUUUUUUCAAUGCCACGAGGCCAUUGAGAUAUUUGCUGAUAUCUGGAUACGAGACCUUAAAUCACUUGUUUCGCCCUCAUUCUCAGAAAAUACAAAAAAGUGGAUAAUGAUCGCCUGGGUCUUCAACUCCACCGAUAUUCUUCGACAGGCAGAAACGAUUGCUAUACAGCAAGGAACAGGUCCCUUCCAGACAAGUAAUCUACCGAUUCCAAAAAGCAUCAAAGGUGUGUUGCCAAAAUAG